AUGUCAGCACAAGAGUACUACGGCGGCACCCGCCAAAACACCCACACCCCGGGCGGUUCUUCCUCCCGCGGCAGCCAAUACCUCUCGGCCCCACUCAUAGACAAAGCCGGCUACCGCCCGCGCUCCGCAAGCUCCGACCGCCCUCGCUCCGGUUUCUCCUCCUCCUCCUCCUCCCACCACCGCUCCCGCUCCACCGGACCCGCCGGCUCCGACGCCCAACUCGGCGGCCAGGACGGCGAGCGCGGCCUCGUCUCCACCAUCGGCGGCGGUGCCGCCGGCGGCUACGUCGGCAAGAAGUUCCUCGGCGGCAAGCUCGGCGCUGUGGCCGGUGCGCUGGGCGGCGCCGUGGUCGCGAACAAGAUCGAGCACAGGCUCAGCGGGAGCCACCACGGCAAUCAACACGGCCACCACCACGGCCAUCACGGCCAUCACGGCCAUCAUGCACCCCCGCCUCCGCCGCCUCACCACUACGGCGGACGCUACGGCCACCACGGACACCACGGACCCCCGCCCCCGCCCCCGCCUCACUUUGGCCCCCCGCAUCACGGAAGUCACCACUCGUCCGGCGGCUUCAGCGGCCUGGUCGGCUCGUUAAUGGGCGGGAAGAAGCACGGCGACGGGCAUCACAGCCCGCCCCACCACGGAGGCCACCACGGAGGUCACCACGGAGGCCACGGCCACCAUGGCUGGUAA